AUGAGUUUUGGUGAUGUGCAUAUCAAAAAUCUCGAGUGCAAAGUUCCAACACAGCAAAUGUAUUUUGCAAUUGAAUCGCCCUUAUAUUCAAUUUCAAGAAGGCUUCCGCAUCUAACUUCACUUGCAUCAAUUACUCAGAUUGCUUCUUCGUCCACUGGUACCAAGUUCAAUGGCGUCAUCCCUACCGAAUCAAUAGAGAAACGAUACUCAUUAAGAAGUGGGCCUGGAGGACAGAAUGUGCAGAAAAAUGCCACAAAGGUGGAAAUCAGGUUCAAAUUGGCAGAGGCCGAGUGGCUAUCGCCUCGGAAUUCGAAGAUGUUUGGAUGA